AUGACCAAGGAUCAGCGAAAGCGUGCCCAAGCUAGACAAGACCGUGAAGCUGCAUUGGAACUGGCAGCUAAGUACCGCCAACGAAAAGUGGGAAAAUUGGUUUCAUUCGAUGAUGUUGCCGCUUUGCUUGACGGACCCUACAGUCCAUUCCACUCGAAGCCUAUGGUUGACGCGCUUAUACUGCCCCAAGUUGAUGUUACCGGGCCGCUGUCCGUCCGAGCCUUCAAGAUCGACCAAGACAUUCCGUUUAUCAAGGGUAUCCCUCCGCUACCCAUUGUGACGGAGGCUAUUGACGCUAUCAAGAUAAGGCAGGACAUCGACCUUCUUGCCUACUGGCCAGACUACGGCUACGCUACAUUUGAUCAGCUGGACGCUAUGGCAAGCAUCCUGGAGGCGCGUCAGCGAUUCGCGUUGGUGAUGCGCACUACAAAGUGGAUUGACGAGGUGGAGUGGCGUGUUGAAGACCUUCGCGAGCCGUUCACGGACACGAGGGCAACCACAAAGGUAAGAAACAAUUCACAGCAUUUGAACUGA